ACUGAUAGACCACAUUACUACACUAAUGGUGGAAAAAAGAUCAUCAACUUCAGAUAAUCCGAAAAGGGCUUUGAGCCAGUUCCCUGAGUGGAGCGAGGACCUGCUUCAGUGACUGAUCAUCCAACUGGUCUCCAACUGUGACCAGUCUGACGUUAUGACUUCACCUUUUCACCUCUAGUGCACCCUCUUUCUUCCCUUUCUCUCCUCCCUCUUCGGUCUUUGUCUCUCAGGUGUGUAGUUGGCCUGUGAGCAGGGAUGGGUGACUGGAGUCUCCUGGGGAAUUUCCUAGAGGAGGUCCAGGAACACUCCACCUCAGUCGGGAAGGUCUGGCUCACCGUCCUCUUCAUCUUUCGCAUCCUGGUGCUGGGCACAGCAGCCGAGUCCUCCUGGGGCGACGAGCAGAGCGAUUUCCUAUGUGACACUCAGCAGCCCGGUUGCACCAAUGUGUGUUAUGACAGUGCCUUCCCCAUCGCCCACAUCCGCUACUGGGUGCUGCAGAUCGUUUUUGUCUCCACGCCAUCCCUCAUCUACAUGGGCCACGCCAUGCACAUCGUGCGCAGGGAGGAGAAGCAGCGGAGGAAGGAGCAGGAGGAGAGGGAGUUGAGAGGGGAAGGCGGAGGAGACCUGGAGGGGGAGAAGGAGUACCUUCAGCAGAAGGAGAGUGGAAGAGUGAUGGCAUCUGACGGGACUGGCCGUGUUCACCUGAGAGGAGCGCUGCUGCAGACUUACGUCCUGAGCAUCAUGAUCCGCACUGUGAUGGAGGUGACAUUUAUCGUGGUGCAGUACCUAAUCUAUGGGGUGUUCCUCAGGGCACUUUACCUGUGCAAUGCCUGGCCGUGCCCCAACCCUGUCAACUGCUACAUGUCCCGGCCCACAGAGAAGAACGUCUUCAUCAUUUUCAUGCUGGUGGUGGCCGGAGUGUCUCUGCUGCUCUCUGUGUUGGAGCUUUACCACCUUGGCUGGAAGAGCGCCAGGAGGUGUGUACGUAACAAGGUGAUGCAGAGGAGCAACCACAAAGCUGUGACGGUGGCCGUGUCUGCAGCGCUGGAGCCCAAUAGCUCACCUCGGCCUUCAGCCUCCUGCACCCCGCCUCCUGACUUCAGCCAGUGCCUGGCAACCCCGAGCUCUGUGAACCCUAUGACGUCUAUGGCCUCUCAUCCCUUCAACAACAGGAUGGCGCUGCAGCAGAACUCGGUCAACUUGGCCACGGAGCGACAUCACAGUUGCGACAACCUGGAGGACGAGGAAGACUUCCUGAGGAUGAGAUACGACCAAGCACCCACAGAGCUGCCCAGCAGCUGCGCCCCAUCUCCUUUGCUGCACUCCGGCUGCAUGAAGGACAAACGCCGCCUGAGCAAGACCAGCGGGACCAGCAGCCGUGCUCGCCAAGAUGACCUGUCAGUAUAGACUCACAACCAGAAAGAGUGGCUGACGAGGGGACAGCAAGGGAUGGGCUGGACCUUCUGAACCAAAGAGAGGGAACUGAAAGACCAAGACACAAAGAGGAGUCUGAGUGUUAUUUCUGAGUGAAGGGUCAGAGCGUGAACACAGGCUAAUAAUGCAAACUGGCACUGAAGCCUGACACUUCAGAGGAUGGACUGAAUGUUCACUUAAGUAGUAAGAGACACUGAAAUCUGUGAGUGGACCAUGUACACCUGACAUGUGUGAGCACACAGUGAUUGAGAACCAAUCUGUCCCGGAGCUCGAAAGACUGACAACCAAACUGCAAAAGGAAAAUCAUUUUGAAAUGAAAACAGGGUAACAGAUGUGAUACCUGGCUAUUGCACAUUUUAUGUUUUAGUUAAACAGUUGAAGCCAAAAACCGAAGCAAGAUCGAGAGACUAUUAUGUGAGAAUGACGGGGUGCUUGGUGUGAGAUGACUUACGGAAUCAUUUCAUUAUAAAGCAAAUUAUGACACACAUCUCAACUAUUCAAUUAGUCAUGGAUUAGGUUGUGACAUUAAAUAACACAACCAAUGUCCUGCUGCAAAAAAGAAAACUUAAUACGCAAUAAACUGUGAAGCUUGCCCUUAUAUGAAUUUGACAUUUUUAAGCAGAGCAUUUGCAGUGAAUCAAGGUUAGGUGCCUUAACACGUGUGAAAAUAUCUGUCCACAUAACAUGUUUUCUAUAAAAAUAUUUUUUCCAAAUGCCAUGGCAAACACUGCCAAUUUAAACUAAGCAUUCUGUUGAUUUGCUAACCUGACUGCACCACAAGAUUUAUCACUUAAAAAAUCUAAAAGAAGUAAAACUCACAUCAUUGGUUAUAUAGGCUAUUUGACAGGAGCCUUUGUUUGCAGAAGAGAUCAGAGCCUGUUUUAGGAUGCUCCUUUUCAAAAGGAAUUCAAGGGGAAAGAAAAAGAAGACGCCCUGCUUGGAUGCUGUUAUGAGGAGGUCCGGCCACUGGGUGGCAACAUUGCACUUACUUUUUAUAGUUUUUCUCCUGGAGCCAUUGUGUAAAUAGUGAAUUUGUCUCUAUGCAAUGUAUGUUUCAGUUGAUGUCUUUGAAUGGAUGUUAUUGGAUAUCAUUUCUGGUGUCUUGUUAUUACUAUAUGCAGAAUAAUUGUUCAGGUUGUGUAUGCCAGCAUUUUAGUGAUCAUCCACUGCAACAGGGCGUUUGAAGUUUAAUCUUCCAUAUCUUCCUACAGCAAACUUUAAUUUAAAAUACAGAAAUCUUGUUCAGCUGACUGUACGUUCACUGCAGUUUUUAGUUCUUUCACACAGACCUUUAUGCAAUAAAUUUCAUCAC